AUGCAUUUAACUACCGAUGAACCAUUCGUAAUGAACAAAGAAGUACAAGCAUUUCAACGUGGGGAAGGUGGCACUGAUUUUAAUUACACUCUUUUCCCUUAUCAUACAAAUUUUAUUUCGAUCACUGAGAUCAAAGAGGAGCGCUUUCUGAAUUCACCUCUUACAAUACCAGAAGAAGUGAUAUUUCCAGAUGGACAUACUUGUUCUAUCAGUAUUAUUUCAACUAAUGCUUUAAAAUCCCUACAAACGACCAAAGUGAUAUUACCUGCAUCAAUUAUCGCAUUACGAGGCAAUAUAGCACCAGAAUCUCAUAUUACAUUCAUUGAUUUAUCGAAAACAAAAAUUACAAAAUUAGAUAAUUCAGCAUUUGAAAAAUGGGUUAACUUAGUUGAGAUCAUUUUACCAGAGACAUUAACUUCAUUACCGAAAUCAUGCUUUUUAAACAGUCUUUCAUUAACAAAUCCAAAAAUUCCUUUAAAAACCAAUCUAGAUCAAGCAGACAAAGCUUUUUCCAGCUGUAUAUCACUACGAGAGCUGAACUUAUCACAAUCAAACAUUACAAUCAUUCCAAAUUAUUUCUUUUUCAAUUGUAUAUCAUUAUCUAACCUAAUUCUUCCAGAAAUCAGGCGCAUUGGAGCAUAUUCAUUCUACAGAACAUGUAUAAGUCACUUCGAAUUACCUAAUUCUGUUAGAUUGAACACAGCCAGCUUUGCACAGAUAAAUACAGAGCAACCAGUAGUUAAAAUAGAUGUUACUGAUAUUACUGACGCAUGUUUUGCAGGAUGCACGCAAAUGAAAUCGAUAAUUAUUGGAGAAAAUGUUAAAAAAAUUCAAAUUGACUCUUUUAAGAACUGUUCUUCACUUGCGAACAUAGAAAUACUUGGAUCAUUAAAUAAAAUCAUGCAUGGAGCGUUUUUUAAUACUUCUUCGCUGAAAUUCAUCAAUUUUUCAAAUUGUAAUUUUGGAAAUUAUCCUUACGCGUGCUUUGAAAUGUCAGGAAUAGAAAAUAUCAUAUCCCCACCAAUUAUAACAGCAAUAGAUCACCAUGCGUUCUCAAAAACAGGUAUUUCUGAGUUAAUUUUUUCGAAUUUAAUGAAAUCUAUUAAAUAUGAUGCUUAUUCCAGCUGUCACAAGCUAAAAAUAGUUAAUUUGUCAGAAUCUCAAGUUGAAGUGAUAGAACACCAUGCUUUUUUCGAUUGUUUUAAUUUAGAAAAAAUUAUAUUCCCCAAAAACAGAGGAAUAGCAAUCGGAGAGGCAGCAUUUCAGAAUAACACAAAGUUAAAGUCAUUGGAUUUCGAUGACGGAGUUUAUUUUGACAAAUAUUCUUUUGCAUAUUGUAUUUCUUUAGAAACAGUGAGGUUUUAUUAUUGCGAAGAAAUACAGAGUGCAGCAUUCACUGGUUGCACCAAUUUAUCUGUAUUUUGUCCGAAAAAAAAUUCAGAAUAUCGACUCGGAUUUUAUUUUGAGGAGAUAUACAACUUAAUAGGCUCUAAUGCCUUUUCCAAUGCUGUUAAGCCAACUUUUUUGUAUAUUGGAAAGAAAAUUAACAUUUUAUCUGAUUAUUGUUUUUCCAACAUGGAAAACUUGAAGAUUAUAGACUUACAUGAAUCAGAAGUCACAACAAUCGGUUAUUCUGCGUUUUCCGGUUGUAAAAAAUUAGAAACUUUAUAUCUUUCAGAAACAAUCACGGAUAUUCGUGAUUACGCGUUCUCAUCUGUCAAGAGGAUCGUUGUUAUCUAUUGCGGUAACCAUUCUUAUUACGCUAGCUAUAAUUCUUUCCCAAAUUCGGCCGAAGUUGUAUAUUAUUCGAAAAAUUACAGUAACUUCCUUGGAAACAUCGAGCCCAUGUAUUCCGGAAUCUGUUUAUUGCCUCAGGAAGGUUUGCCAACGCCAAGACCCACAGCAGAGCCAAUUCCUAAGAUCUACAAUGCGAGAACAAACGCUACGUUAAGGUCUUUAGCCAAAGAAGUUGUUAUUCCUGCUUCAACGCCGAAUUAUAAUUUGCAAGGGGAAUAUUACUUCACUCCUAUAGUAACGGUUGGCCGAACAAAGCAGAUUUACUUCACAAGGAAGUCUGUUAUGAUUAUUUUAGGAUCCGUCGCUUUAAUUCUUUUAAUUGCGAAAAUUAUUUAUUCAAGGGUAUUUAUGAUUAUCGAUCACUAUACACAAGAUGAAAAUACACUCAUGGAUAAUAACGAUUAUGCCAAUGAGCCCUUGUAA